ACUGCGGCACCUUUUCUUAAAUGUGUGGUGGUAUUUCGUGUAGGCGUUAGUUCACGGUUAAGUCGUUCUAAUAUCUUUACAGACUCGAAUCCGAUCGGUUGGAACGACUCUUAGGGGAGUGACCUUCGCGCUUUCUUGACCUUCUUCAGCUGGCUGUGUGGCCGGUUACAAGUUAAUAGCUUACAAGGAUGGCGAACUCCGUGGAGAAGAGCUGCACCAUGCUGGUGUACAAUGAUAAGCAGGCGUCCGCAACAGAGAUUAAGGAGGCGCUGGAAGGCAACGACCCUCUCGCAAAGCAGGCAGCAAUGAAGAAGGCCGUCUCGCUGCUGCUAGCGGGCGAGCAGCUGCCGCAGCUCUUCAUUACCAUUGUGCGCUAUGUCCUGCCCUCCGAGGACCACACCGUGCAAAAGCUAUUGUUGCUUUACCUGGAAGCGAUUGAGAAGACGGACUCCACUGGCAAGCUCCUGCCGGAAAUGAUCCUCAUUUGCCAGAACCUGCGGAACAACCUGCAGCACCCGAACGAGUACAUCCGUGGCGUUACGCUCAGGUUCCUGUGCCGCAUCAAGGAGGAGGAGAUCUUGGAGCCGCUGGUGCCCUCCAUCCUAGCCAACCUGGAGCACCGCCAUUCGUACGUGCGCCGCAACGCAGUGCUGGCCAUCAACUCAAUCUACAAGCUUCCAAAGGGUGAGCUGCUGCUGGCGGAUGCGCCGGAGACCAUUGAGCGGUUGCUAAGGCAGGAGCAGGACCUCUCCACGCGGCGCAACUGCCUGGCCAUGCUGACCAACCAUGCCACCGACCGCGCAAUCCGCUACCUGCUGGACUCGGCGGACCAGCUGGGCACCUGGGGGGACCUGCUGCAGCUGUCGGCACUGGACCUCAUUCGGAAGGCUUGCCGCUCCUCCCCCGCCGACAAGGGCAAGUUCAUCAAGACCAUCCUGGUGCUGCUGCAGUCGCCCUCGCCCGCCGUCAUGUAUGAGUGCGCCGUGACGCUCACCUCGCUCUCCUCCGCGCCCUCCGCCGUGCGCGCCGCCGCCAACUGCUUCUGCUCGCUGCUGGUCAGCCACUCUGACAACAACGUGAAGCUCAUCGUGCUGGACCGGCUGCAGGAGCUCAAGGAGAAGCACCGGGAGGUGAUGACGGACAUGGUGAUGGACACGCUGCGCGCGCUGGCCUCCCCAUCGCUGGACAUCCGCAAGAAGACGCUGGACAUCUCCCUGGAGCUUAUCACGGCUCGCAACAUUGACGAGGUCAUCUCGGUCCUGAAGAAGGAGGUCGUUAAGACACAGAACAAGGAGUACGACAAGGCGGGCGAGUACCGCCAGAUGCUGGUUCAGGCCAUCCACUCGUGCGCCGUCAAGUUCCCCGAAGUGGCUGGCAACGUGGUGCACGUGCUCAUGGACUUCCUGGGAGACUCCAACACCGCCUCUGCCCUGGACGUCAUCUUCUUUGUGCGGGAGAUCAUGGAGACCAACGCGCGCCUGCGGCCCAGCGUCCUUGAGCGCCUGCACACCGUAUUCUACCAGAUCCGUUCCUCCCGCGUGGUGAGCUGCGCGCUGUGGAUUAUGGGCGAGUACUGCGCCUCAACGCCCGAGAUCCUGGCGGCGCUUGCCACCCUCAAGGAGUCUCUGGGGCCGGUGCCAUUCCUGGUCGAGGGAGCGGAGGGUGAGGAGGCUGCUGCCGGCGGCUCCGCGGGUGGCGCCCCCGGGGGCUCGUCCUCCGCUGGCCCCGCAGCGGUGGGCUCCAAGCGGCCCGCGGUGCUGGCGGAUGGCACGUACGCUACUCAGGUAGCGGUUGCCGAGCUGCCCUCCGCCGCCUCCGCCCCAGCCACCGGCGCCGGCUCGGGCCCCAACCUGCGCACGCUGCUGCUGGCCGGGGACUUCUUCCUGGGUGGCGUGGUGGCGGGCACGCAGGUGAAGCUGCUGCUGCGGCUGGCAGGCCUGAAGGAGGUGCCAGCUGCACAACUGAACGCUCGGUUCGCCGAGGCCAUGCAGUACGUGGUGGCCGCUCUGCGGCUGGGCGAGAGCGCCGGCGCCACCCCCACCCCCAUGGACGCAGACAGCCGCGACCGCAUGAUGCUGUGCCUGCGCGUGCUGGCAGGGCAGGACAGCUGGUCCAACUCGGUGUGGCUCGAGGACUGCCGCCGCGCCUUCUCCAGCCUCACCAGCGAGAAGCAGCGCGAGAUCAGCGCCCGCACAGCCCGGGAGGAGGCGCGCGCAGCGGUGCAGCCGGACGACCUCAUUGACUUCCAGGUUCUUAAGAACCGCAAGGGUCUGUCGCAGCUCGAGGUCGAGGACGAGGUCACCAGCGACCUGGCUCGCGCCACCGGCUACACCGAGGCCGCCGCUGCCGCCUCCUCGCGCCUGAACCGCGUGCUGCAGCUGACCGGUCUGUCGGACCCCGUGUACGCUGAGGCGGUCGUAACUGUACACCAGUACGACAUUGUGCUGGACGUGACCGUUACCAACCGGACGUCUGAGACCAUGCAGGCGCUAUGUCUGGAGCUGGCCACCAUGGGCGACCUCAAGCUGGUGGAGCGCCCGCAGAAUUACACGCUGGCGCCGGGGGACACCAAGCUCAUCCGCGCGAACAUCAAGGUUUCCUCCACCGAAACGGGGGUCAUCUUCGGCAACAUCGUGUACGAGGGCACCGGGUACGCGGAGCGGUCCGUGGUGGUGCUCAACGACAUCCACAUCGACAUCAUGGACUACAUCAGCCCCGCCUUCUGCCCGGAUGUGCAGUUCCGCAACAUGUGGGCCGAGUUUGAGUGGGAGAACAAGGUUGCGGUGGCCACUACCUUCAGCGACGUCGCGCCCUUCCUGCAACACAUUGUGGCGACAACCAACAUGAAGUGCCUUACACCGCCAAGCGCGCUGGAAGGCGAGUGCGGCUACCUGGCUGCCAACCUGUACGCCAAGAGUGUGUUCGGGGAGGAUGCGUUGGUCAACGUCAGUGUGGAGAAAACUUUGCCCGCAGCGGGUGGCGAGGCCGGGCGGCUGGUGGGCUAUAUCCGCAUCCGCUCCAAGACGCAGGGCAUUGCGCUCAGCCUGGGGGAUAAGAUCACGCUCAUGCAGAAGGUGCCCGUACCCACCACUACUGCGGCGGCGUGAGCAGGGGGUUGGCAUAGCGUAUCUGCAUGCACCACUUAAAGCGUGUGUGAGCACUUUGUGGCAAGAGCCGCUGCGCGAGCAUGAUAGCUGCGACGACACCCACGGCAACCGGGAGAAAAGCGAUGUACUCACGUUUGUGGAGCAUGGGACUAGUGGCGGGCGAUGAUGUGAGGGCGGUGGAAGGUUGGUUCGGAAUGCCCUUCUGAGGCAGCGAUAUGUGGACAACAAGGGUCCAGGUAAGGGUCCAGGAAGAGGAAGAAGAGCGGGGCCGUGUUAGUGGGGAUAACGGCCCUCGUUUUGGUGGAGAAUGUUGGGGUUUUGGCAACGAACAUUGCAAGGAAGGAAGACGACGGGGGUAGUCGCAUGUGAGGUGCGGUUGAGGGGACAAUGACUAAAACGCUAACUUGUUCAUAUGCGGAUUUAGAGGCGAGGAGUUAACACUCUUAGAUGCCGGGUGGCACAUGCCGGAACAUCGCUGAUGGUAGGGCGGCAGUCGAAUUGGUUUGCUUGCUGGCCGGCAACAAUACAUACGACAGGUGGAGCCAAGGGAGUACAAAUGCAGGGCGUGUGCGUGAUUCGAGUAGGGUUUUCACGACCUCCUAGGAAGAUAGCUAAACAAGGUGGUUCCAUAAAGGCAUGAGGAGGAACAGCCGCUCUGAUUGGCGGGUAAUCGUCACGGAGGCGGCGACGUGCUCCCAGAGGCGCUACGGGUAAGAGUGCGUUAAAUGGUGGGCUGGGUACCGGUAUAGGGUUGGGGCCAAGGGGCUGCAGUCACGGGUAUGAGACCUGCGGACAAUACGUAAGGGGAAACAGUUACUGGUAUAUACAUGCGUUUUGGCCCUAGGUGCAUUUGAAGGGGA